UUACAAUAAUUAAUCAUAGAGAGGAGAGGCGAAAUUUUCUCUCCCGGCCAUCGCCAACCGUUCGUGAAUUAUCUCUACUUAUGUCUUGUGCAGACUCGUGAGUAAUAAAAAUUCAUUGUUUAUAUUGUUGAAUUAUAUUUUAUUAUUUUAAUUUGAAGUCGUUACACACAAAUGCGAUAGUUUUUUUUUAAUCACACUCGAAUCUCGAUAAUUGGUUCCACAUAACCCGAGUCCCGACAGAGAUCUUCGCACKACUAUGUUAUAAUACCAGAGUACAAUAUUAUAACAUUAACCGUUAAUAAUUUAACGAGUCACCAGUUAAUACACACACCUCAGUUCUUGAUGUCAUCAUUCUCGAUCAGUUCCGGUCACCACACAUUGUACGGCACCAAAGAUAACUUGGUGGACCAAGACUUUAAUUGGCACUGUUAUAAUAACUUUAACAACCGUCAAAAGAAGUCCAAUAACAUGUCRCAGUGCGACGUUACAGAAGCUGGUGUCCCACUCAAUUCUCCUGCUUUUCUUUCUUGGCGUAAACUUCAAUUAAGUAGAGCUAAACUCAAAGCUUCUAGUAAAACAUCAGCGCUUUUAUCAGGUUUUGCUAUGGUGGCAAUGGUAGAAAUGCAAAUUAGCGAUGAUUCUAAAGUACCAGAGGGAAUGCUUGUAGCAUUUGCUGUAUGUACCACCCUCUUAGUAGCUGUUCACAUGUUGGCUCUUAUGAUAAGUACAUGUAUUUUGCCAAACAUUGAUGCCGUAUGUAAUCUCCAUUCGGUAAGUCUCGUACACGAAGCUCCACAUGAACGUCUGCAUUGGUAUAUUGAAACUGCRUGGGCGUUUUCAACACUUCUUGGUCUUCUGUUGUUCCUAGCUGAAAUUGCCAUACUUUGUUGGGUUAAAUUUUAUGAUAUAUCUAAAUAUGCAGCAUGGUCUGCUGUUAUUAUGUUAAUCCCUGUCCUAGUGAUAUUUUUAGCAUUUGCAAUACAUUUCUACCAAUCUAUGGUAGCCCAUAAGUAUGAAGUGACUGUGAGUGGUAUUAGACAAUUAGAGCUUCUAAAAGAACAGAUUGAAGCUGGGGAUUUAGAACGCACAAAUGGGUUGUUACUGAAUGCACCAAGCACACAAAUUGUUUGACAUUUCUUUCAAGUGAAGCAGAUGUCCUAAAUAACCGUUCAGUUUAUAUAAUAAAUAUAAUUUAUAAUGGUGCUUUAUUAAACAAAACUUUGAAAAAAGUUCACACGAUGUGUAACUAUGUUUGACUUAUUAUCUUGACUGUUGCCUAUACAUUUUWUUUUACUAUUUGCCAUAGUAUAUCUUACCUAUCCUAUAAAUUUAUCUUGUUAUAAUAAAGAUUUAAUGAAUACAAUCUAUAUAGUAUAUAUUAUAUUUUAUUUUAUUUAUCUUUACGGAGCUCAACAUUUCCUAGAGUCUAGGWACUAGACUAAUUAUAAAGAUUUAAGUGUUAUGUUAAAUGUAUAUAUUUUAACUUUAAACAUUGUAAUAUUAUAAUCCAUAUUACUUUGCCAAUCUGAAAAUUAAGCAUUAUCUAGUAGCUUUGUUAUUAUGUCUCCUUUAUGUUACUAUUUACAUAGUCAUUUAUUGGCCUUUGAUCAAAUAUGCUACAUAAAAAUAAAAAUAAAUGUUAUAGUUAUACUUACUCACAAAAUUAAAGCUUUUAGGUAUUGCAACUCUAUGAUUUUGAAGUAGUCUAAUACAUUUUUAAGAACUCUUCAGUUUGGUUUAGUAUUUUUAAUUAUAACUUAUUUUUAGUUUGUAUUUUAUA